AUGAACAGUCGCAGUGGGGUGAAUGAAAGCAAUUUGGUGAAUUUAUCGGCGGAAUUAUCUACGCUCAAUCAGUUGGACACGAAAGAUGGUUUACUGAGUUUUCCCUUCGACCAUAUCUAUGCAUGUCACUCAGAUACUGAGAGACCCAUGCUUCAACUUGAAAAGGAGGUAGAGGUAUCCACACACUGUGUUGUAGCUGACGAUAAAGUGAUCGGAGGACAAAUAGAGUUAACAAAACUUCAAGAGCACAUUAAUGCUUUGGAAAGUGAGAAUAAAAGCCUGAAAAAGCUAGUUGCAGCUCACUUAGAACUGGUGCAAUAUCAAAACGAAGCAAUAACAAAAAAGGAUAGACAGAAUCAGACACUUCGGAAAGAAAAUGAUGCUCUCAAGGCGAAAUAUCUGCGCGAAGACCCUGGCGUGAAUGUCAGUUCUACAACGACGGCGAUAAAUGCAGCGUUUUUAGCUUUGCAAGAUUCUGCCACGGGCUCACCGGGCCAGCUAACCAUAUCUAAGAUUGUGGAAAAUCGUUUUCCUGACCUGCUUGGCACUACCAAAGAGGUGACGUCUGAACCAGCAGAAUUUAAGGAGACUUUUGGGCUCGCUGGGCCCUCUUCGCAUCCCGAACUUAUUGCGAAAUAUUCGCAAGAUCCCGAUCCCUUUCCACAAGCGAGGAGCGACGAUCCCCCUACACAGUCGGCAAAAAUGAUUAACAGCAAGAGGUCACCCGCGAGAAAAGACGUGCGGAAGGAUGUUAAAGAGAUGAAGUCAGAGCCGAAAUCUAAGAAUAAAAAAAAGAAGCCGGUGGCACCAAAGGCCCAGCGCAAUAAUAAGAAGGGGAACAGGAAUUCCGGGUGCACACGCGCUGUGAAACCAAAGAUUACGGAAACAACGAUUGCACACAAUCGGCUGCGCUUGUUUGAUACGACCCCAACUGGUGAGGAGGACCCUUAUCAACUAGGCGAGGCAGAUAUGAGGGAGCAAUCGCCUAUUCCGAAACUGAUGUUUAACAAGCAGAGUCGACCGCGGAGAUCGUCGACUCGAUACAACUCGCCUCACGAGAACGCAACUCAGUACUCGGUGGGAUACGGGCGGACGCCGAAACAGAAGAGUGCGGUUAGCGAAGACCAAGAUGAGGACGUGGACGUUGAGGUGGUGAGGACGGACCCCCUGGACUCGGACCCGGACUGGUGUGCGAAUAACGAGAAGAACUUUACUUACCGUUAUAAACGCACUACAUCGCCGAUGCUAAAUGCCGACGCGCUGCAGCCGGAAAACCUCGCGAUAUCUAAUAGCGCGACAUUAGAUCAUAUGGAUUACACCGUGGCUCGUCCGGUGGCCCAAGUGAAGAACGAAGAGGCCGCCGCAAACAAACGGGCUACGUCUGGGCGUGGCAGGAAGCGGGCUUCCUCCUCGCCCGGUGUUCCGAAGCGGGGUAAACGGAAGCCGUGUACGGUUAAGCAGACGAGAGUGUCCACCCGCGCCAAGGUUCCUACGGCACCUGGAAUCACGACGGACGCUGCCUACAAUACGGUGAUCGGCGAGGGUGACCAAUACUGGUUCCAGAGCUUCGAACCUGGCACAUCUCUCGAUUUUCUUGAGGAGACCAAAGCUACAGUUGAGGUGCCGCAGUGGCGUAUAAAGAAUUAUUCACCGCGACACUAUCCUGAAGGCAUCGAAGAGAACAUGGACGAAAAAGUGAUCGAGAAACGCCACAAGAAACUGGAAUUCGAAGAACGCCGCCAAUUAAGGUGGCAUAUGCGGCGAUUAAGGGAGCAAAGGCAUGUGGAGCGGCUUAGGCAACGGCAUAAAGACUCAUGCUCGAGUGCGCCAGUCUCUGCCCCGUCAGUGUACACGUUGUGGCCGCGGCCCCAGGACGACUUACAGAUGAUCGAGAUCGUUGACGAGUUGCCCGUGGGAGCGCUCGGCGAAGACGUACCCGCAUUGUCAGAAGCGCAAUUCUCGCUGCCGUGGGUACGGCGGUCUCAGAAGCCUCUUCGGCGAUCCAAGAGAUCUAAAACGUUGCAUUGA